GCACCAGGUGGUCUGGUCUCAACUUGAGAAGGAGGAGGCCAUUCACUAGCCUGUUUUAGCUAAACACACCUAGCUACUGUUAGCUAGCCGGCGGCUAACGAGCAAGCUAAAACAUCAGUUUGUCUUAAUGUCGCUAGUCUAUUCAAGUGAUGGCAAGAGAACAGUGUUCGCAGAUCGAAGCUGAGCUCUAUUACCUCAUUGCCAGAUUUCUGCAGUCUGGACCUUGUAAAAAAGCAGCACAGAUUCUGAUUGAGGAGCUGGAGGAGUAUGAGUUGGUCCCACAACGAUGGAGUUGGGACGGGAAGAAAUACAAACGGACCUUCCAAGACUGGGUGAUUUUGAACCAGCACAUUCCUGCAGACUAUCUUCUCCGUGUUUGUCAGAGGAUAGGCCCCCUAAUAGAGAAGGAGAUCCCACCUAGUGUUCCUGGAGUCCAAACUCUACUUGGGCUUGGAAGACAGUCCUUGCUUCGCACCACCAAAAGUUGUAGCCACAAAGUGUGCAGGGGCUCUGCAGUUGCUGCUCUUCAUCGAGGACGUCCACCAGAACCACCAGUCAACAAUGGACACCCUCCCAGUGUUGUAUCCGUUAUGGAUGCUCGCCAGGCCACAGGUACAGCACGUUUUGGCCAGACCCUGCCGUCUUCCUCCUAUCAACACAUGAAGAUCCACAAGCGUAUUCUUGGUCACCUUUCCUCAGUCUACUGUGUAGCGUUCGACCGCACUGGUCGUCGGAUAUUUACGGGUUCUGAUGACUGUCUGGUGAAAAUAUGGGCCACGGAUGAUGGCCGCCUCCUGUCAACGCUUCGGGGCCAUCUAGCAGAGAUAUGCGACAUGGCCAUCAACCAUGAGAAUACUCUGAUUGCCUCUGCGAGCUGUGACAAGGUCAUCAGAGUGUGGUGCCUUCGUACCUGUGCGCCCAUCACUGUUCUGCAGGCUCAUCAGGCCUCCAUCACAUCUAUACAGUUCUCUCCUGCAGUCAAAGGGACAAUGAGGUAUCUGGCCUCCACAGGCGCAGACGGUAUGGUGUGCUUCUGGAAGUGGCACUCACACACCAUGAAAUUCAAUGAUCAACCAGUCAAAUUUGAGCGAUCACGUCCUGGAGUGCAGGUCUCUACAUCCUCCUUCAGUAGCGGUGGUAUGUUCAUGGCCACUGGUGGCACUGAUCAAAUGGUCAGGGUUUACUACCUUGGUGCUGAAACCCCUAUUAAAGUGUCAGAAAUGGACGCUCAUACGGAUAAAGUUGUGGUGGUCCAGUUCAGCAAUAACAGUGACAGCCUAAGGUUUGUGAGUGGCAGUCGUGAUGGCACAGCCAGGAUCUGGCAUUACCAGCAACAGGAUUGGAAGAACAUCACUCUGGACAUGUCUGCCAGACUGCCAGGGAGUUCUGCAGCCAGUGGGGAUGAUAAGACCAAGCUGGUGGUGACUAUGGUGGCCUGGGACCGUGCAGAUCGCACCGUCAUUACAGCUGUAUCAAACUACCUGCUCAAAGUGUGGAACGCAUUGACUGGACAACUGCUGCAUAUUUUAUCUGGUCAUGAUGAUGAGGUGUUUGUGCUGGAGGCUCACCCCUUUGACUCGCGCAUCAUGCUCUCUGCUGGACAUGAUGGCAACAUUUUCAUCUGGGACCUCACCAAAGGAGUCAAGAUCCGCAACUUCUUCAACAUGAUUGAAGGGCAAGGCCAUGGUGCUAUUUUUGACUGCAAGUUCUCAGCUGAUGGUCAGUAUUUCGCUUGCACUGAUUCUCACGGCCACUUGCUCAUCUUCGGCUUUGGCUGCAGCAGACCAUAUGAAAAGAUUCCUGACCAGAUGUUCUUCCAUACGGACUACCGACCUCUUAUUCGUGACACUAAUAACUACGUCCUGGAUGAGCAGACACAGCAGGCCCCACACCUCAUGCCUCCUCCCUUCUUAGUGGAUGUUGAUGGGAAUCCUCACCCUCCUCACUAUCAGCGCCUGGUGCCAGGAAGAGAAAACUGCAAAGAGGACCAGCUAAUACCCCAGCUUGGAUAUAUGGCUAACAGUGACGGAGAGUUGGUUGAGCAGGUACUUGGCCAAGAGACUGCAGAAAAUGGAGAAAGCAUAUUAGACAAUCUCAUUCGCCAGCUGCAGAACGAGCAGGAUGAGCGUCAAAAUGCGGAACUGGCGGCUGAAGCUGGAGAAGGAGAUGGAGAGGCUGCUGUAGCAGCUGAGGUAGUGGCAUCCUCCCCAGCUGCAGAACCGCGCAGGAGUGGACAGGUGGAUGGAGUGUGGCAGAUGCAGCAUAAUGCCUUGCGUAGUCAAGUGGCCACUGAGAGGGAUCUGCUGGCCUGGAGCCGCAGAGUGGUGGUCAAUGAAGUACCGCAAGGGAUAUUUAGAGUCAUGGAAGAGUGCAGACAAGCCAAAGGUGACAUGGAAUGUACUCUGUACAAUGCAGAGAGGAGGAAGAAACCACUAACUUGCACACCCAAGACUGUUCCAAUGAUUUCACGACGCUCCCUGCGACCAACCAAGAAGAAGCAGCAGCAGCGCCAUGCCUAUCAGACCCGCUCGGCUGAAGUUCGCCGCCUCGGGAGCAGACGAAACUCCAGCAACCGACGUAACUCAGAAAGUCAGAUAGAGUCAGAAAGUGAAGUGGAACAGGCAGCACAACGGGGUGAGGCCAGUGAAGCCUCUUCUGAUGGUGAGGAUCGGUGGCAAAGUGAGAGCAGCUCCAGUGACUCCUCCAGUGAAUACUCUGAUUGGACAGCUGAUGCUGGGAUCAACCUCCAGCCGCCGAAGCGACCAACCAGGAGGCCUGUGCAGCCUACAGGUUACAGCAGCUCUGAGGAAGAGGAAGGUGAGGAUAAAGGCAAAGAGGCCAAGAAGAAGGACAGUGAAAACAAGAAGAAAGCCAAACAGACCAAACAGAAACCUACGUCAUCUCUGGCUGGACUCGAUGCAGAAGAGUGGCUGCCCCCAUCAUGGAUAAUGGAGACCAUCCCACGCCGAUCUCCUUUCGUUCCACAAAUGGGGGAUGAGCUCAUCUACUUCAAACAGGGCCAUCAGGCCUAUGUCAGAGCCGUCCGCAGGGCGAAGGCCUACAGCGUCAACCCUCAGAAACAGCCAUGGAACCGACUCAACCUCAGGGACCAGGAAUCGGUGAAGGUAGUUGGCAUUAAGUAUGAAGUGGGACCCCCCACACUCUGCUGUUUAAAGCUGGCCUUCUUGGACCCAGUCUCAGGGAAAAUGACAAAUGAGUCUUUCUCCUUAAAGUACCAUGACAUGCCUGAUGUCAUAGAUUUUCUGGUGUUGCAGCAGUUUUACAACGAGGCCAAAGAGCACAACUGGCAACCAGGUAUGAGGUUCCGCAGCAUCAUUGAUGACGCCUGGUGGUUUGGAUCCGUGGAGGACCAAGAGCCUCUACAACUGGAAUAUCCAGACAGCCUGUUUCAGUGUUAUGCAGUAAAAUGGGAUAAUGGUGAACGGGAGAAGAUGAGUCCCUGGGACAUGGAGCCUAUUCCAGAGGAAGCUGCAUUACCAGAGCAGGUUGGAGAUGGGGUGGAGGUGGCAGAGGAGGAGUCAAAGGCUCUGCUCUACAGACCUCAGGAAGGAGAAUGGGGGGCACACACACGGGACGAGGACUGUGAGAGAGUCAUAUAUGGCAUCGAUGAGCUGCUCACACUGGACGUAGCCAAGGCUUUUGCAUCACCGGUGAAUCUGCAGGACUACCCUCUGUACUGCACUGUGGUGGCGUACCCUACUGACCUCAGCACCAUCCGCAAACGACUGGAGAACCGCUUCUACAGGCGGAUCUCUGCAUUAAUGUGGGAGGUGCGUUACAUUGAACACAACGCCCGCACUUUUAAUGAGCCCCAGAGCCCCAUCGUAGCAGCCGCCAAGGUGGUGACUGACGUGCUCCUACACUACAUCGGAGACCAGAGCUGCACAGACAUCCUGGAUCUGUAUCACAAACUGAAGUCUGAGAUCAGCAGUGGAGAAGAAGCUGAGGCUGAUGUGGACGUAGACUCUGACACUCCAGGGACAUCCACAAGUCAUCGGAGAACCAACCCUAAUUCAAAGAAGCGUGGCGUGGUAUUGGAUGUGAAAGCAUGGCGAGCCCAUUGUCGGGAACUGCUACGUCGAAUGAUAGCUUCUCAUGAUUCAGAGCCAUUCAGACAACCUGUGGAUCUUUUCGAGUACCCGGACUAUCGUGAGAUCAUUGACACUCCCAUGGAUUUGGGUACGGUGUCAGAGACACUGGUGGCAGGGAACUAUGAAAAUCCAAUGGAAUUUGCCAAAGACGUACGCCUCAUUUUCAGCAACUCUAAAGCAUAUACACCAAACAAGAAAUCACAGAUUUACACCAUGACCCUCAGCUUAUCGGCCUUCUUUGAAAAACACAUCAUCUCCGUCAUCUCCGACUACAAGUCUGCCAUCCAGAAUGAACGACGAACUCGUCAGAGACUCAAUUACAGGGAUAGACUGCACAAUGGAGGCAACUCACCCACCAUGAGUCCAUCCCCAAGCCCUAAAGGGAAGCACAAGUCAGGGAAGGUGUCAAAGCCAAAAAAAUCCCAGACCUCAACGAAGAAUCGUUCUCAGAGAUCAUAUCAGGCUCAGCAAAGCAGUAGUGUAGCAGAAGAAGAGGACAUUCAGCCUUCUUCCCCAAGUUCAGGGACGAGCAGCGAUAGCAGAAGCCAAGGGCCACAUUGUGUGACCCGCAGCCAGUCCACACCAGUGAAGAAAUCAGGGCGUCAGCGUAACUUGCAUCUGACCAACGGCUCCAGACAACGGCAUGGACGAGAAGCGGUGCAGUCUGACGAUGACGAAGAGGCAUCUGGAUCCAACAGCUCCUCAUCGGACUCGUCCUCGACAUCAUCGUCAACAUCGUCGUCUUCAUCAUCCUCCGACAGCGAGAACAGCUCUGACUCUGAGAUGGAGAAGUACGUGGAAGGGGGAGAUCACGACUACAGCAAAGCCCCCUGCCUGUCAGUACGGCCCUCGGCUAAAGGUAAAGGGGCCGCCUCAGGGAAACGGAGACACAAAGGAGGAGACGACGUCACACAGAAGCCGAAAAGACCACGAGUGCAGCUGCUGGUAAAGGAGGAAGAAGAGGAUGAUGAAGAUGAUGAGGAGGAGGAGGAAGAAGAGGAGGAGGAGGAGGAAGUGGUGCAGCAGCAGGAGGUCGUAAGACAUGAGGAUGAGGAGGGGGAAGAAGAUGAUGAAGAAGAGGAGGAAGACGAGGAAGAAGAGGAGCCUGAGGAGGAAGAGGAACAUGUUCCAGUGCAGAGAGCGGCGGCAGCAAACAGUCCGAGAGGCAGCCAGUGCAAGUCUCGGCGGGUCAACACACGCAACCAGGGCCGUAGGACAGUUCUGUACCAGGACGACUCGGAGGACGACGGCCAGGGGUCGAAGGAGGACCCGCUGAACCUGGGCAUGUCUCGAUCAGGACGGGUUCGCCGCAUGACUGAGAAAGCCAGAGUCAGCCACCUCAUGGGCUGGAGUCACUGACGCAUCAGCCCGCUUCAGACCUCAAUAAAAAACAAACUGAAACAUGAGACGUACUGCAGGGAUUUUUUUUUUCUUUCUUUGUAAAAGUGUAUAUAUAAAAAUAUAUAAAGAUAUAAAAGAUUUUUUUAUCUGAGACUAGACUGCUAUUGACUGAUUGCUGGUGCUCAUGUGUGUUGCCAAGGACUUUUUUUUUCCUCCUGGUCGACAGAGCUACUGUUCAACACAGACCCUCUCCAACUGGACUAACUCACCUCGGCCUUAUUGUUCAUUGGAGGAGCCUUUAGACACACCACUGCUCAACAACUACUCUUCCUCUUCCUCCUUGUCCUUUGCGUCCAAUACUAAACACUAUCCCCUCCUACUCCCCUCAUCCUUUUGGCCACUUUUCAUACUCCUGCUCACCAAAGACAGAUGCCAAAAAAUGGUGCUCAUAUUUUUAUUUCUCAAGGAGUGUGUCUGUUCGUUUGGGUUUUCCCUCAGAGUAAUUUAAAACUCGCGCUCAAGCAGUCAUGAGUUUGGUCACGACUGCUGAGAGACUUGUGCUUUUCGCAUUAAGGUUGCUGAUGUCAACUUUUUGGUACUUGGUCUUUUCCUCACUACCACAAGCCUUAGUUUACAGAGCCCACAUUGUUCAUAUUCUGUCCUUCUGUCUGCUUUUUCUGUGGCUGGAGUCAAGACAAGUGUAGCGUUGGGACUAGCAAUACUUAGGAAUCAGAACGAUUUUAUGAAGUACAAUAUAGUAACAGUAAUAUGUCAACUUGACCACCUUGGCCUGUGAAUGUUUUCCCUUAACUUCCCUUUUGGUGAUGCUGACUUCUUUAUUUUUUGUUUUGAUCCAUUAGUUUUGUUAUUUAGUUAGAAUUGGGUGCUUUUUAGCUUAAAGGCAAUUUUAUUUUUUUCUGUUUCUGGGCUAAAAUCACUGCAUUGUAUUUGUAUUUAUAAGAAUUUCUGUCCUCGAUCAAUCAAAUCUUCAUCUCUUAACAGUUCACGACACCUUCUCCACUGAGAACUUACAAAAAACAAAGGCUCCCUAGCCAACUGUUCUGCAGAAAUAUUUAUUUUUUUCCACUGUGUUAUACUAUUUCGUACAUUGCUAGUGAUGAGGAUGAGGAAAAGGAAAUAUUUGCACAUUUCUUGUAUCCACAUGGCAGCUGAGUAAUAGAGAUAUGAGAGAAGGAGAAAAUUUAGCAAAUUGUUGUGUAGGAAUGAUUAAACUGUGCCAGCACACUCAGUUUUUGUGUAAACGAAACAAGAAACCUCCAUCAGUCUGUGUAUGAUAGUCAAAUUUGAAGCUAAAUGCUGUAUUUGACUGGCAUUAAUAAUCAUGUAGUUCAUUGGCUUAAAGCAAGUUAGCGACCGUUUUUACAGCUCAACCCUUUGUUAGUGUGUUGUGCCACUUUCCAUUUCGUUUCUGUGGACUGACGACCGCAUUGGCUUCAGACGUCAGUUAAUUACCACACGCUUUUCUAUGAGGUAUUACAAUCAUUAUGUGCAACAGAGCCACAAACAUGAUCAGCGAUUCCCGAUAAUUACAUCGAUUUGUAGUGUUUUUAAUGCAAGAGCAGCACAUUAUGUUUCUGUUGCACCUAUGACGUUUACAUAAUUUAAUUUAAUAUUUUUAACAGUACAUUUGAAAUGAAUCAGCAGCAGAGUCCAGUCAGGAGAAACGAGGAAAGCUGACUCACAAAUUUACAUUUCAACACUGGGUGCUCAAAUCUAUAAAACACCUCCUCAUCACUCUGCCUCCUAAUGGUACUAACAUUAGAGAGGCCUCUGAGGUUUUAUUUGUAUUUUUUUAAUCCUUUGGUUUGGUUGGAGUCAGAGAUUUUUGAAGAAAAAAAAUAAAAAUAAAUAAACAGAUUAGUAUCUUGGGUGCUCUGAGUGGCAGCAUUAACUGGUGUCUUCAAAUUAUUCUGGUUGAGUG